AUGCCUGUUGGCAUUGACAAUGACAUCUCCCUCAUGAACGUCAUCACAGCUAUUACGACGGCCACGUCUCCGCCUCACCUAAGCCAAUAUCUCAAAAACUUCGCACCCAAGGAAGUCAGAGAAGUCGUUCUUGCUAGCAUGCUCCCUGAAGGUCAAGACCCCUUGGCCAUACUUGAUAUACAAGCCAAUACGUUAGGCAUCCUCUACAUCUUAUCUGCUCGGCUCCAUGUUCCCAGUGCACCACGCCCACCCCUGAAUUACAUAGAGGACUUUUGCAGCAAUUUCGUGGCAGAGCAAGCACGAUUUGCCCCUGACCGAGUCACGUUAUUAGCAGCGGGUAUCGCUCAAGCGGCUGAACAAGAAGGCAACCUUCGAGCUGCCAUCUUGCCUAUGCAGGCUCUUCUCCUUCGGUAUUCACCAUCGCCAUCUCAUCUCACAACCAUCCACCCUAUCUUCGCGAGGAUAUGCGUCUCCUCGCGCGUGUUCACAGUUGCCCUUCCUGUCCUUGCACACCCCAUCACGACGAUCGACCUUGCCAUUUCUGAUUUGACCUACAAUGACAAUUUGGUGUACCAUUAUGCGGGUGGCAUGAUAUACGCCGCUUUGAGGCGGUGGGCAGAAGCGGAGGAAUACUUUGAGAUUUGCGCGUGCAGUCCUGGUGCUGUAUCGGCUGCUAUACAACUGGAAGCGUUGAAGAAACUCGUACUGGUUCAGCUAAUUCGCGAAGGAAAAACGUCGCCGCUGCCAAAGUAUACUCACCCGAAUUUGUCACGUCUCUUCAAGAACACGCCAUACUCUGCGUUUGUGAAUGCGUACCCUCACCAUCGUAGUCAGUUGCGAACUAUUGUGGAGGCUGAAGGUCCCUUGUUCUCUGCUGAGAAAACGCUCGGACUCAUCAAUGAGGCUCUUGAGCGAGCACCACGUUGGUCCAUUCGGAAGCUUACCGCAACAUACCUGACGCUACACCUUUCGGAUAUCGGCCGUGCCGUUGGGAUCGAAAAUGAAAGCCACGUCCGAACACUCAUCUUCGACAUGAUCCAAUCUUCAGAGAUAUGCGCGCGUCUUUCUGCAGAUGGUACCGUCUCAUUCUCAGAUCCGCCAUUCCAAUUCGGGAAAGCGGAUGUAGAUAAGGUAUUGGGCAGUGCUCAAGAACAGUGUGCCUUGUUGGCAAGGUUGGAGAGGGAGAUGGCGAGGAGUAAAGAGUACUUGGCAAAGGCUGUCAAGGGCAAGGACGAUAAUGUUUCUUGGCCAGGUGCACCUACGGCACCGAUGGAAGAAGACAUCUCGGUUGACCGCGUUGGAUCAAAUUUUAGCUGGGCCGAGGACGUGGGGUUUGUGUAG